AGGUGGCAAGAAAAAGUAGAACAACAACAACAACUACAACUUGAUGAUGAUGAGUUUAGAAAGAGAAACCCACUUGUUCAAUUUUUAUUUGAAUAAAUAAAUAAUAAAAAACAAAGAAAUGUCUCAUACGCUUUCUCUACUUGGCCCUUAUUCCAUUUCCAUUAUCAACCUCACAUAACAUAACAUCUCUUUUUUCAUAUCAUAUCAUAUCUCUCUCUGUUUCUUCUUCACAAAAACCCUUAAUUAUUACAAAAUAAAUUAAUUAAUAUUAUGGCUCAGAGAACAGAAAACGAAGAAACAGAAUUCAAACUUGUACCAAAAUCAAUAACACUUUGUAUCAACAACUGUGGCGAAAUCGGUAACGUUUCAACAAACAACAUGUGUCAAAAUUGUUUCACGGCGUCAACGGCAACAACCUUCGGAAUCGGAAACGGAGUUUCAUCUUCAUCUCAAUCUUCCAUGUCUAUUCGUUCUCUGAAGAGAUCUUUUCAAGAGGAAUCAUCACCGAUUGUUACGGAUCGGAGUUUGUUAGAUCAAGCGAUGUUUUCUGAAGCGAAGCGUGUUGUAAGUCGUUGCUCUGGUUGCCGGAAAAAGGUAGGGUUGACCGGAUUCCGAUGUAGAUGCGGUGAUCUUUUCUGUUCGGAACAUAGGUACUCCGAUCGUCAUGAUUGUAGCUAUGAUUAUAAAGCUGCUGGAAGAGAAGCGAUUGCGAAGGAGAAUCCUGUUAUCAGAGCUGCGAAAAUCGUUAAGGUCUGAAUCUGAAAUCGAAGAAGAUGAAAAAGAAGAAACGAAAAUGGAUCUAUUUGACCCGGUUAUUGUUGAUCGGGUUCGGGUCACACGUGGGUUUUUGUUUUUUAAAUUUUAUUUUUAUUAACUUUUCCAGAUUUUAUUUAUAUAAUUUAUAUAAAUAGGAAAAAAUCAUUAGCUUAAGGUAGAUUUGUGUGUAACGUUUUAGGGAGAGGGAUUGUUAUUUGUUACAAGAAAAAAAAUGGAAAAUCUGAAAUUUUAUGUGUUUGAUCAUGCUUUGAUCAUUUCAUUUUUUUUCUUUUAAUUUGUCGUCUUUUUUUAGUUUGAACUUUGAAAUGAUAAGUUAUUAUGUGGAUUUCUGAUUA